AUGAUUGUAGCUAUCUCCUGCACGGUCGUUGGUGUCGGUCCGGGGGGGAGUACAUCUAUGUUAGCCCGUGUAGCCGUGGUGGACUAUAGAGGACACACGUUGUUAUGCUCAUAUGUUCGUCCCACUAUGCCAGUCACUGAUCAUCGUACAUCGACUACGGGUAUACAACCCGAGCAUCUGACAAAUGAUAAUAUACCGUCCUUCGAGGCGGUACAGGAACAAGUCGCAGGAUUUAUCAGAGGCAAAGUACUGGUAGGCCAUAGCCUAUGGCUAGAUCUGUCCGUGCUCGGCAUCCGACAUCCCGCCGUUGCCACACGCGAUGUAGCAUUGUAUCAACCUUUUCGCAACGCUCUACGUUCCCCAAGACAAGUUGUCGGUCUUCAGACUCUUAUGUGGCAUCUCAUGCGUCGGCGAUGUCAAGAGGACCACCAAUGCGCACUGGAAAAUGCCCGUGCUGCCAUGGACUUGUAUCGUUCACAUGCGGCAGAGUGGGAAGACCUCAUUUCGAAAGGACAAUGGCCUUGCGACUUACCUCCUGACACUUUCUCCGGCUGUUUCUUGUGAGCCCCUUCUUGGCACCCCCUUGUUUCAUUACCACUUGGGGGCGCAUAGGGUCGGAAUUUGACCCUCGUAGUCCUCAAUGUGGACAAAGUCAGUUUUCUUGGACACAACUUCUUAUCCCACCUUUACGCCUACCCGACACCGCCAAGACAUUAAUUCUUGUAUGUAUACGCACCCCGUUCUUGAACACCAGUAUGGCUCCAGAAUAAUCCCCCAGUAUACUCAAGUUCUGUAUCAACAUGUACAUACUAGUACUAUGCCACGUUAUAGAUCUUGUAAUAAUGCC